AUGCAGCUGGUCGGGGCCGCGCUGGUGCUGUGCGCUGCCGCCGCGGCGGGCACGGCCGCACCGCUGGCGGGGAGCGCGGCGGCGCGGGGCAAGGAGCGGCGGGCGCAGUUCGCCUCGUGGGAUGAGGUGAACGUUCUCGCCCACGGGCUCCUGCAGCUCGGCCACGGCCUCAAGGAGCACGUGGACCGCACCAAGGGGCAGCUGCGGGAGCUGGGCGGCCGCUUGGGCGCCCACAACGCCUCGCUGGGACGGCUGGUGCGGCAGGCGCGGGAGGCGCAGGAGCGCGGCGAGCUGCUCCGCGCCAGCGUGCGGGAGCUGGAGGGGCGCGGGCGGCAGCUCGCCGAGCUCGCCGAUGCGCUGCGGCAGCGCCUGGACGAGGUGGCCGCUGACAAGGCGACCAUCCGCGGCCGCCUGGAGCUGCUGGAGGAGCGCGUGCGGCAGGUCCUGCAGGUGCGACCCGGCGGCAACCAGAGCGACAAGGACUUGGGAGCGCUGCAGUCCCUGAUGGAUGUGCAGAACUCGCGCAUCGAGGAGCUCUUGCAGAAGAUCAAGCAGCAGCAGUACAAGCUGGACAAGCAGAAUCUGCAGAUCAAAAGCUUGCAGAGCAAGGUCAAUCUGCUGAUCCCUCUGCAUGUGAAGGACAACAAAACGCAGUCUCCAAAGUGGAAGAUCAACUUGAAGAAAAGCCUCAGCCACAGCAACCAAAGCCAGAAUGCCAGCGUGGAGUCCGCGCUGCCGCACAAGCUUCCAGAGAGCUGCCAGCAGCUCCUCCUGGAAGGGCAGCAAAGCAGCGGCAUCUUCCARGUCCAGCCCGCUGGUUCUCAGCCCUUCAAAGUCUACUGUGACAUGACAGCAGAAGGUGGCUGGACAGUGAUCCAGAGGCGUAAAGAKGGCUCUGUGGACUUUGACCAACUUUGGGACGCCUACAAGAAUGGCUUUGGAGACCUUCAUGGUGACUUCUGGCUGGGCCUGGAGAAAAUACAUGACCUUGUCCAAGAGGGAAGAUACAAUCUCUUGAUUGAGCUGGAAGACUGGGAGGGGAAUUCCCAGGCAGUCCAGUUUGUCUUCAGCCUUGGUGGCGAGAGCACAGCCUACACACUCAACCUGCUGGGACCUCUCUCUGGAGAACUGGAAAAUGCCAUUGGGGACUUCAGGCAGCUGCCCUUCUCCACCCGGGAUCGUGACCAUGAUCUCAAGGCUGACACAAACUGUGCCAAGCACCUGUCAGGUGGCUGGUGGUUCAGCACUUGUGGCCAUGCCAACCUCAAUGGGAAAUACUUCCGCUCCAUUCCCCGUCAGAGGCAUGAGCGCAAACAAGGCAUCUUCUGGAAGACAUGGAAAGGGAGGUACUACCCUCUGAAGUCAACCACCAUGAAAAUCCAACCCGUAGACUUGGAAGUAGAACCCUAAAGCUGCCAUUUCUGACUUGACCUUCUCCGUGGAGUGCAGAUAUGAGAGCUCCAUCACUUGGUGUUUACAGAAAACAACCCCACCCUCCCCAGGAAGUCCACAGAGGACCAUUUCUCUUGCUCGUAGCCCUUUAGUGGACAGUGACUGUGGCCAGGCACGAUGCAGUGAUCAGCUUCUCACUGUAAGUAGAACAGAUUAGUGUUGCAGAGCCUCGUGGAUGAAAGCUCCCGAACCAGAAGAGGACYUGCUGGCAGGGAGACCCAUCCCCAGAGCAUGCAGAUGUGAUCUUCAAACCUGCUUUGUGCCACUGCAGUGAGUUAAAGGCAUCUGGUGCUUUUGUCCUGUCUGCACGCUUCCAUGCUGGUUUUAAUCAGCUUWGCUGAGUGCUGAGUCCAGGAGAGAGGGAGGCCGGAGAAGUGCUUUGCUGCCCUGGUCGGAAYGGUUGGGUACAGUUGGGCUUUGGCAUCACCCCUCUCACUGUGGCUCCCCAAUGAAGCUGUAUGCACUCUCCUGUGAACRUCCCCAGGCCCUCCUUCCUCCUGCCACCGCUGUGGAGGAAGUGAGGAUCUGACACCUCCAUUUAGCAUUUGCUUCCUAACCUCCACUCCAGUGAUUUUUUUUUUUAAACCCAGUGAGAAUGAGCUUUGGUGGGAAAGACAUUUGGGGACCUGAGGCUCAUUUGGCUUCCUUGCCCUCUAAGGCUUCAAAGCCGUGUGUUUCUGGCUCUGCUGGAACUUGCCAGGAGCAGGGGAAAUGCGUUCUGCUCCAGGAAAAGAUGGCUGAGAUCCCAGAGCUGAAUACACAGGGGCUGGAGGAGAUGCUGGAGAGCUUCUUGUUGCAGUCUGCCUCUCGAGCUCUGCCUGGAGCCCAUCAUUGCGGCUGAACAUGGCCAGAGUGAGCUCUAGGACAGCCAGGGACAGAACAGCGUUGUCCCUGGUCAAGACCAGCCUUGUAUUUCAGCCUGAUCAGAGCUGGCUGCAGCCACGUAUCCCCUUGAAGCCUGGAGCUCUUUGACAACUCCAUCCUUUGCAGAGCAGGUAGCACCAUCCCUGUGGUGUGACCUGAAAUUAAUUCCUUUCAAAGGGCCAUGGUACAGUGAGGUUUCUCUGCAAGAGGACCACAGACUUGUCAUGUGCAUAUUCCAAAAUACAGUGUAGCUUUUACCUUUGAAGGGUGUGCAAGAAGUUCUCUGGGGAGAUGUGAGCAAAACAGAUCCCUAGAAACUAUUACAGGCCAAGUUUCCAUCUUGGGGAUUCCCAAGCAUCCUGCCCUAUUGAAGUCAUAUUGACUACUGUGCUAGAGCUCCUAGCUGCUAAAUAUUGUAAAUAGUCAUUUGUAGGACGUUGGAUCUUUUUGAAUUUCC